GCUCCCCCACCCCCGCCUCCCCGCGCCGCUCCCUCCGCCCCCUCACGCCGCCCGGCGCGCUCCGCUCUCCGCACACACUCGCACACACUCACUCACUCACACACACAUCCACACAUCCACACGCUCACACACGCGGAGCCAUGCCGAAGAGAAAGGCUGAAGGAGAGACCAAGGGCGAUAAGGCCAAAGUUAAGGAUGAGCCCCAGCGGAGAUCAGCGAGGUUAUCUGCUAAGCCCGCUCCUCCCAAGCCAGAGCCCAAACCUAAAAAAGCAGCUCCAAAGAAGAGUGAGAAGGUGCCCAAGGGGAAGAAAGGAAAAGCUGAUGCUGGCAAGGAGGGAAACAACCCUGCAGAAAAUGGAGAUGCCAAAACAGACCAGGCACAGAAAGCCGAAGGUGCUGGUGAAGCCAAGUAAAACGUGUGAAUUUUUGAUAACUGUGUACUUCUGGUGACUGUACAGUUUGAAAUACUAUUUUUUAUCAAGUUUUAUAACAAUGCAGAAUUUUGGUUUACUUUUUUUUAAGCUAUGUUGUUAGCACACAGACCGCUUCAUUGUUGUGUUCUGGGGGGGGUGGGGGGCAAUGGGGACAAAUGUCAUUUAGUCUAUUUCUCAAAACCUAAAUUUUAAUAAGAAAAGCUUUUGCCAGUCCCCCAGUUUUUGGAAGAAGGGCCCUUCCUGCAGGAAGGAAGAAGGGAUUCCCCUGUGCUGCGUGUCAGUUGUGUCCAAGUGAACAUCAGAGCUCCCACGAUGCUGUUGCCUGCUCCACAUCCCAGUGCCACCAGUUCUGCCCUGGUGUCCCCCUGUUCACCCAGAGCCAUCGCUCCAAACCACAGCAGAGCUGGGACCUUCCACUGGCAGAGGAUCCGGAUUGCUGGUGUCCGGUCUGGGAUGGACUGGCUCAAAAAGGAGCUGCGCUUCCUCUUUUCCACUGUGGACCCUCAGAUGCAGAAUUCUGCCUCUGGAGUUUGUGUUCCUCUCCAAGUCAGGGUGGGUUUGUGCAGCGUUGUCAGACAGCGCGCCAUGGGAACGUGUCCACCCUCACUCUAAACUUCGCCCUCUGCCAGUGCAAGCUGAAGAUUCUGACGGUUUUUAGCAACUUCUCCAUUUCAGUAGUCCACAAAGGGAGGGGAGUUUGACAGUUGUUGUAAAAUGUUGCGGAUUGUAGCCCAUGUCCUGCCUAAAUUACCAUGAUUGUUCAUGAAAUGUACCUUUAAUAAAGCUGGAUACGGUUUGGCUUGGACUGUU